UUCGGCUCCGGUAUUUUUAUCAAUUAAAUCCGGGAAAAUCAAUGAAAAAUAGUGCGAAAAACGUAAAAAAACACGAAAGUUGAUGCAUUUUAUCAUUUAACAGUCGAGAAUGGCAAUUUACCUGCGAAAAAAUCGUGAAAAAUAAAAAAAAAAUAAAUGUUGAUUGUUUUGUAUACCAACAAUAAAUAACAACAACAACAAAGAAAAAAUUAGAAAAAUAAAAAAAAAAUUAUAUAAAAAAAGAAAAUUAAUAAAAAAAAAUAAAGCAGUGAAAAAAACGUGAUUGAUACAAACAAGCAGCAGUAAAACGAAUGCAAAGGGUUGAAUGCCCUUCUUAGUUAGUCCAUGGAUGCAGUUCACACACUCACAUCGUCGCAGUAGCAGCAGCAUACACCAACUUUGGCAGAGUGGAAAACAACAAAAAUAUCUUGUGAGAAAAAUAUACAAACAAAAAUAAAACGCAAAAAGGCACAACAUACGCGCGCGUAACGACACACCAUACAGCAACGGUAUGUGUGUCUUGUUUAUGUUAUUAAAGUGAUAUUGAAGGAAAUAUGAAGAAGAAGAAGAAUUUAUUAUAUACAACAUGUUUGUACACAAAACACAAGUGAAUUCCACAUAAAAAAAUACAUAAUAAUAAAUAAAGUGAACAUAUUGUCCGAUACUUUACCGCGAAAUAGAAAUAAUAGUAAAUAAUUGACCAGUCACCAUGGAGUGUGCUAAUUUAAUAAUGUGGUAAAUAAAUAAUAAUAAUAAAAAAUAAUUUUGUAUAUGAAGAUUAAUGAAAAAAAAAUAAUUUUGGUCCUACAAAAAAAAAAUUAAAUAAAAAAUAGUGAAAGUGUGUUAAAAAUAAAAUUUAAAAAAAUGCUUGAUUCUAUCAAUACCAGCAGAAGACAUGAAAUUUACAAAAAUAACAAUGAUAACAAAUGUUUCACAUUAAAUACAAUUCAUCAUUAUAAAAAGAGACGUCGAGAAAAAAGUACAAUGACACAUGAAAAUAUUACAAAUAAUAAUAAUAAUGAUCAUCAUGCGAUGAUGGAAAAUGUUCAAUGCUUUUUGUGUCGUCGUAAAAUACAAUUAAUUGAAUCAAAUGUCCACGAGAAUUUCAGCAACAACAACAACAAAUCAUUAAACGUCUGUACGGAGUGUCGGCAAGACACGUCGUCGUUUGACGUCAACGAUAACGACAAAAACAACAUAAAAAGUUGUAAAAAUCGUAAUCAACCACCAAACUACCACCAACACCACAGCGACAACACAACAACAUCUUAUCACGCAGAAAAUGAUCAAAAUAAAAGGAUUUUCGGUGAAAAAGAAAAUAUUAAUUAUGAUAAGCGUAAAAAUUUAAAUAAGCAGAAAAGUAUGAAAAAGUUACUAACAUUAAGUGAAAAAAAUUAUGAAAAUAGUAGUUUAUUAAGUAUAAAUAAUACGAGAAAAUAUUAUAGUAAAAUAUAUAGUUCGUUGAUAUGUUCAACUAAAAAGCUACUAUUAGUGCUAUUAUUAUUGAAUAGUUUUUCGAUGUUUAGUUUAGUGAAUGCACAACUUGUGCCGUUAAGUGAUACAAAGGAACCUGGAUUAUGUCCCAGCACAGAUAUUCGGAAUUCACCUGACGGCCUAGCACGUCUGGAAAAUUGCACUGUGAUCGAGGGAUUUUUACAAAUUUUAAUGAUUGACGACAAGCACGACGCAUCCAAAUACGAAAAUUAUUCAUUUCCCAAUCUGGUGGAAGUAACGGACUACAUUAUCAUUUAUCGCGUCAAUGGAUUACUGACACUGAGGAAGCUCUUUCCUAAUCUGAAAGUGAUUCGGGGCAAUAAUCUAUUCAACAAUCACGCGUUAGUUCUGUAUGAAAACAUGAAAAUGGAGGAAAUUGGAUUGUACAGUUUAUCCCGCAUCAUUCAAGGUUCCGUCCGGAUCUCAAAUAACCCGAAUUUGUGUUAUGUCGAUACGAUAAACUGGGGCUUGAUUACCAACGAAUCGUUCGUGGACUCGAAUGUCUUCGAUGGUAACAAACAAAAGAAUGCUUGUCCAGUGUGUCCGCGACAUCCAGAAAAUUCAUCGGUGGAGUGUCCGAGAACGAAGGGCAGCACGGGACGCGAUUCGUUUCUUUGUUGGACUGCGGAUCAUUGUCAAAAAGUGUGUCCAGCUGCGUGUCCGGGGAAUUGUUUCAACAGUACGACGUGCUGCGAUAAGGACUGCGUUGGUGGAUGUACGGGACUUAGUUCGUCGGAUUGCAUAAUUUGCCGAAAAAUGAUGCGAUUCGUGAAUGGGAAGAAAAUUUGCUUGGAAAAUUGUACAAGCGGAUUGUAUGCCUACAGCUCGCGGAGUUGCAUCACCGAAGAGGCAUGCCGGAAUUUACCGGUGCCCAUUCAAGUGAAGCGCGAGGACAUCAAAUUCCCCUUUGUGCCACGCGCAGAUGGAAUUUGCGAUCGGGAAUGUCCUUCGGGAUACUUUCCGGACACGAGUCACUGCACUCCCGAACAUUCUCCCGAAGACUGCCGCAAAAAGUGCAAAAAAUGCAAAAACAACAAAUGCGAGAAAAUUUGCAAGGGCGCAACCGUCGACAGUAUUUCAACGGCGCAACACUUACGAGGAUGCACAAAAAUUGACGGAAAUCUCGAGAUUACGAUCAAAAGUCGCGGUGGACAAAAUGUCGUGCGGGAACUUCAAGCGCUAUCGGCAAUCGAAGAAAUCACGGAAAGUCUGAGGAUUGUUCGCUCCAAUCCGAUUGUGUCGUUGCAUUUUUUCAAGGAGCUAAAGGUCAUUGGAACGAAAUUGCAGGAACAAGACAAGGCUUUGUACAUCACGGACAAUCAGAAUUUGCAGGAGUUGUUUAAUACUUCGGUGCGAAUUGUGAAUGGCACGAUGGCGUUCCAUUAUAAUCCAAAGUUGUGCGUGAAAUUCAUCCUCGAUCUAAAGAAAAAGCAAAGAGGUAUCAAAAUCGACUCGGAAGAGUCCAUGAAAAUUUCCAAUGGAGACAAAAUCUCGUGUAAUACUACGAAAAUUAAUGCAAGUGUGCAGUUCGUGCGGAACAAUGCUGCCAUGAUUCGUUGGGACAAGUUCCAAAUUGACGAUCCAAGGUCGUUGCUCGGUUACACAUUAUCCUACAUUGAAGCGCCAUUCCAAAAUGUUUCCGUUAAUGAAGGACGAGAUGCGUGUGAUCGUGAUGGCUGGAUUGUCGAUGACGUACAUGCUGACGACCAGGUUUCAAUUAUCACCAAGUUAAAGCCUUACACCCAGUACGCAUGUUACGUGAAAACAUUUAUGAUAUCUUCGGAAGACAGUGGCGGCGAAAGUGACAUAUUUUACUUCAAAACGCUCGCGGACGAGCCCAAGCCGGUGCAGCACUUGGAGGCGACGUCAAACGCCUCCUCCGAAAUUGUCGUGAGUUUCAAGCCGCCCAAAACGUUCAACGGCGAACCCGACAAGUACGAAAUUGUCGUCAACUUGACGGAUAACAAAGACGUCCUCAACCACCGAGAUUUCUGUAACGAGCCCCCAAAACCGGACGAGAAUUUGUCACGAGGCGUUCUAAUUCCCGAUCGCCCGGAAGAAAACAAAAAAGACACGUGCGAUUGCCAAAAUAUCGUGUGCGAAACGUCAUCGAAGGGAGUUCACAAGGAAGACGAUGCCGUCGAAGCGAUUUCGUUUGAAGAUAAAUUACAGGACUGGGUUUUCAUCAAAUAUAAAGACGUCAAAUCGAGCAACAGAAAACGCCGCGACGUCUCGUACCCCUUUGAAUCGCCAUUUUCGACGACAAUAGCGAAUCUCGUGCGAAAUGCGCGAAAUGUCAAUGCCGAGUUGCAAGACGAGGACCCAUUGGUGGACGACAAUGGAAAAUUGGUGUACCAGAAAUUCUACACGACCGACACAAAAGUCGUGCUGAAGAACUUGAAACACUAUUCGGGCUAUCAUGUGUCGGUGCGGGCGUGUCGCAAGCCCGAGGAUGCCAAAAUACUCCCGCCAGGCGUCAAGCAGGCAGCACGUUGCAGCAGUGAACGAUAUACGCAAGCGGUGACGCAAAUGGUACCGGGCGCUGAUGAUGUCGUUACGGUUUCUACGGUGCAGGAACACAACAUGACGGGCGCCUUUAAAGUCAUUUGGGAGCCACCAAAGCACCCGAAUGGCCUGAUUGUGUCAUACAGCAUCCGUUACAGUCUGCCGGGCAAGCAAUUCAAGCCCGUUUGUCUCACAGCAGUGGAUUUCAAAAAAACUGGAUAUCUCCUGGUAGACGAACUCGAACCCGGAAAUUACAGUGUCGAGGUAAUGGCAACGUCAAUGUUCGGCGAUGGCGCAUAUUCAUCACCUCGCUUCCAAAUUAUCCCCGAAAAACCGAAUACUUUGAAGUAUAUUAUCGCAAUUCUUGUGGUUUGCCUCCUGCUGGUCAUCGGUGUUGUCGUUGUGUAUGUCUGGUACUACAAACGACGCUUCCCCGCACAAAUGGCCAACAUGAAAUUGAUCGCUUCGGUCAAUCCGGAGUACAUGAGUAUGCAAUAUACGCCCGACGAGUGGGAAUUGCCGCGCGAAAAGAUCAUUCAGCUGCAGGAAUUGGGUCAGGGCUCCUUCGGUAUGGUCUACGAGGGCAUCAUUAAGGACAAAAAUGGCAUGGGCGACGAGCAGAAAUGCGCCAUCAAGACUGUGAACGAAAGUGCGACAGAUCGCGAACGCAUCAACUUCCUCAAAGAAGCGUCCGUGAUGAAAGGUUUCGAUACGCAUCACGUCGUCAAGUUGCUCGGCGUUUGUUCGAUCGGUCAACCUAUUCUCGUGGUUAUGGAAUUGAUGGGAAAUGGCGAUCUCAAGGGAUAUCUAAGGUCACAUCGACCCGAUCGUGAUAGUUUAGAUGGCGUAGCACCGCAACCGCCAUCCCUGCGACGCACUUGUCAAAUGGCGAUAGAAAUUGCCGAUGGCAUGGCUUACCUGGCAUUCAAGAAAUUCGUGCAUCGGGACUUGGCGGCAAGAAAUUGCAUGGUUGCCGAAGAUUUAACGGUGAAAAUUGGCGAUUUCGGUAUGACGCGAGAUAUUUACGAGACGGAUUACUACAGAAAGGGCUCGAAAGGACUACUUCCAGUGAGAUGGAUGGCACCGGAGAGCUUGAAAGAUGGCGUCUUCACAAACAGCAGCGACGUAUUCAGUUAUGGCGUUGUACUGUGGGAGAUGGCAACGUUAGCGUCGCAACCAUAUCAGGGUCUUUCGAACGAUCAAGUACUGCGGUAUGUGAUAGACGGUGGCGUAAUGGAACGUCCAGAAAAUUGUCCAGACAAGUUUUAUGAGUUGAUGAGACGAUGCUGGACUCAUCGUCCUUCAGCUCGGCCCACAUUUAUGCAGAUCGUGCAGGAAUUACAUGACGAUGCGGAUAAAUCAUUCCGCGAAGUCUCGUUCUUCGAUUCGCCGAGUGGGCAACGGUAUUUGCAUGAAAAGCAAAUUGAAAAUCAACCAACAGACGAUGCAACGACGCCACUAACUCGACCCGAAGACGAUGUCGAGAGCUCCAUCGAUGACGAUCUCUACCUCGUGAAUCGCACCAAUUCACAGCAUUUAUCAAAUAGGGAUAUUACACUGCAGGCAAUGCGAACAUCUCAACCACUGAGUGGUGGCAUUGGUUCAGGAAUCUUUAGCAACGACAUUCAUCCGUCCUCGUAUCGCAUCGACGAAGAAGAAAGUGCAGCCGACUAUCGUACCGAAGACGAAAAUGACGAUCCGACCGCACUAAGUACCGUAAAAGUCGCCAACGAUCAACCUCACUUGCAAAAUGGCAUGACACCGGAAUCAUCUGUCCUGAUUUCCGUUCAACCGCAGCAAGACGAUGCUGCUGCAACGUACAAUUUCCACACGCAACCAACGCGAAAUGAGGAAAAUGUGCAGUUGCUCCAAAAGAAAUCAAACAGCAAGUCGCCGACGAUAGUGCCGAACAGUAUCACGAAAUUCAGGAACGACGAGGAAAAUGACUAUGUCAAAGAGCAAAAUGCACGGAAAAAAUAUUUACCAAAUAAAGCCAAACCAAACGAUGACGAGGAGUUGCGGCCCCUGAGCAACGGCUAUGUUGUGCAAAACAGCUAAUAAACACAUCUUUACAUCUCUUUUUUUAGUUCUUAAACUUUAAAAUAUACAUAUUUAUUAUUAUUAAGAGAAAAACAAACGCUUAAAUUAGUAGUUAGUAUGAAUUCUGAAUAGUAUAAGAACUGAAAAUACACAAAAAAAUAGAAACAAUUCUUACAGUUCCAAAAAACAAACAAAACAAAAGGUUAUAAUAUAAAUUUACUCUAAAAAAUAAUAAAAUUAAUUAUUAUUACUAUAUUAUUUAAGACUAAACAGAAGAAAACUACCUAUCUUUAUACAUAUAUAUUAUUCUUAUUAUUAAAAAAAAUAAAUUAAAUAAAAUCCGCAGCACGUAAAAACACACCUGGAACCUUAUUUCCACAAUAACUUUCCAACAAACAACAAAUUAAUAGAACAAUUUCGUUUUAGAAUAUAAAAACUCAAGAUAUUUAUAUAUUUACAAUAGACCACAACCUCCCAAUAGACAGAAUUUUCCCCCAAAAAAAAUAAAUUUUUCUAAUAUUUAGAAAAAAUAUUUAAAAAAAUAACGAGAGAAUUCUAAUGAUAAAGUAAUUAAUCUAACAAUAGAAGCCAUUGAUUACAAACAAUAGAGUCUGAACAAUUUUUAUUCAUAUACAACAAACAAAAAAAAAAUACA